AUGGACGCGAGGAGGAGCAGAUCCGGACCCUCCCCAGCGUGCCGUCCGGCCUCGUUCUCACGGCAACCGCCGCGGGUGCUGGUGGUGGAGGUGGCGCCGCCCUGGUGGUCGGAGACAGGAGGAACGCUGUGCGACGCCCUGGACAACGUGCUGACCCUGGCCAGCAGUGUGGACGGCCCCUGCAGACUGCCCCUGCUCUGCACCUACGCCCUCACCUGCCAACUGGAAUGUCUACUGCCCUUCGUGCAGGUGAGGGGUAACCUGGCUCGCCUGCGGUCGUGCGUGGAGGAGUUGAGGUCCCUACCAGGGGAAGGCAGCGUGUCGCGGCCCCGAGAUGAGCUGCUGGUCCGGGCCGUGCUCGACAGCAUGCAACAGUACAAACAAUACACACGCCACGCCGGGAACCACAGCAGCUACCACUCCUCCGUAGAGGUUACUGUGGUGACGAGCCGGCCGGGGCGGGGCGUGAUGAGGCAGCUGGAGGCGGGGCUGCAGGGGGCGGACCUUGUGUCCUUGCGGCGCAUCCUAUUGGUGGAGCUGAGGGCUGUGGGACGGGACGCCGCCGAGUCGACCAAUGAGACGCCUUCACCUGAGGAGACAGAGGACAGGCUGGUGUUGAGUACUGAGAUCGACCUGCAGCCCGUGGACAACAGCGUGGUUGCCUUGGAGACGGUGUUGAAGGCGUGGCUCCAGGAGCAGGGCAGCGAGCGAGAACACCUGCACCUGCUGCUGCCGCCCUGCCUGUCACCGGGGGCAACGCCCGGACACGCCCACACACCAACACCAGUGUUUGUGAAGUGUGACAUGCAGGAGCGCUUGCUAAGCCCCGCCCUCCUCCCUCUGACCCUUGACCUCGGGGUCAAGACCGAGAGCAUCCAGGACUUCCUGCCUCCCACCAAGUCCCCGGCCAAUCACAGCCCUGCGCCUCAGAGACUCAGGGCCAUCAAGUUGCUGCGUGCAGAGGGAGUGUGUGAGUCUCUACUGUACGGUCUCCCCCUGGUCCUAAAGCCUACCAGCUGCUGGCAGCUGGACUGGGACCACAUGGAGGACAAUCUGUACCUGUUCCAGGGGCUCUGCCACGCCCUCAGGACCCGUGACUGGUUCCUUCUGAUGCGUUCGGAGCCUCCUCAGGGCUCAGUGAAGCCUCCUUCAGGGGGAGGGGCAGAGGCAGGGGCAGGAAGAGUGUGCUCCUUCUACGUGCUGCAGGCCUCCCCCUCCCCCUCCCUCUCCCUCCUCCUCAGGCCCGUGGUCUGCAGGGAGACACUGUUGCCAUGCAACAUGCCUGUCUGCAGUCAGGCCCCGCCCACUCACGCCAUGGCAACCAUACAGGCCAGUCUGAAGCAGCUGGAGGAGGAAGCUGUUUUCAACCCGCUCAGUCUGAGCAGCAACCUCUACCUUCACCUGAGGACCAGCACCAGGAGCCCUGCACACCCCUACAGGUGUGGAGGGGAUGAUGGUGGUGAUGAUGAUGGUGAUGAUGGUGGUGAUGAUGGUGUUGAUGAUGGUGAUGAUUUCAGGCACCAGCCUCGACCUACAGAGACCCUCGCUACCUCACACACCAGACAGCCUCGACAGCAGUCUGGCCGUGCCCCCCACGGGGGCGUCUCCUCCAGGGUCAGGGCCACCGUCGCCCCCCUCCCUUCGGCCACGCCCCCCAAGACUCCCCGCCCCGCCCUCACCAUGAUCACACCCCCGACCCUCUGUUCCCAUGACGACGACCUGCUGAUGACACUGUGAGCACUCCAACAACACGCUAGCCAGAAACACGCUACAUGCUAGCCAGGAACACACUACACGCUAGCCAGGAACACGCUACACACUAGCCAGGAACACACUACGUGCUAGCCAGGAACACGCUACACGCUAGCCAGGAACACACAACACGCUAGCCAGGAACACGCUACAUGCUAGCCAGGAACACACUACACGCUUGCCAGGAACACGCUACACGCUAGCCAGGAACACACUACACGCUAGCCAGGAAUACACUACACGCUAGCCAGGAACACGCUACACGUUAGUCAGGAACACGCUACACACUAGGCAGGAACAUGCUAGCAAGGAACAUGCUACACACGGCGAACAUGCUAAGCAGACUGAACAGAGACAGACAGGUGUUAGUAUGUUAGUAUUGAUGUUAGGCAUGUGCGCACGCACACACACUGACACACACACACUCACUCAAUAUAACCGUUAAGUUUGGAAAUCAUUAAUGGGCUGAGGAAGUUCAGUUUUUUUAUGACAGUGUGUGUUUUGAAAGCAACACACACACCCAUGUACACACUUCAUUUUCUGACUUUCUGAACAAGUUGAGUUCUGAAUGUUCUCUUAUUCUGGAUGGAAGCCUUAUUAAACCUUCUCUCUGUGAUCGCUGUGUUCUCUUAUUCUGGAUGGAAGCCUUAUUAAACCUUCUCUCUGUGAUCGCUGUGUUCUCUUAUUCUGGAUGGAAGCCUUAUUAAACCUUCUCUCUGUGAUCGCUGUGUUCUCUUAUUCUGGAUGGAAGCCUUAUUAAACCUUCUCUCUGUGAUCGCUGUGUUCUCUUAUUCUGGAUGGAAGCCUUAUUAAACCUUCUCUCUGUGAUCGCUGUGUUCUCUUAUUCUGGAUGGAAGCCUUAUUAAACCUCUCUGUGAUCGCUGUGUUCUCUUAUUCUGGAUGGAAGCCUUAUUAAACCUUCUCUCUGUGAUCGAUGAGUCUUCCUCGCUAUGCUGACACUGCACCAUCACACACACAGAUAUGGGACGAGAGGAGAGAGAAAGGGGAAGAAAGAGUUGUGUAAGUGUGUGUGUGGC